AUGGACGACGCAAUAGCCACCGUGGUGACAGUUACUGGGACUACCCCAGAGCUGGCCGCGCAGUAUGUGCAGCUUGCUGAUGGCGAUCCUAAUCAAGCGGUGCAGUUAUUCUUCGAGAACGGAGGCGCAGAUCUGGCGGGAUCCUCUUCAUCACAUAUUCCUCCACCGACAAGUUCCCGCGCCACUGGUGGUCAACAAGAUCCUAUUGACCUAGACGGCGACGACGACAUUUCAGAUGACAAUGAUCCGCAAAUUACUGGUUACCAGAAAGCCAGACAACCGAAUGCAUCCGCUUCGUCAGAUCCAACCGCUGCAGGCAAUUUCGAAGAUGAUGAGGCCAUGGCGAGGCGAUUACAAGAGGAGAUGUAUGGAGCAGGCGGUGUGGAGGAACCGAUCCGUGCACCUAUUGCCCGACAGGCGGAGACAUUGGUCGGACCAGGAGCAGAGUCUCUACCCAUGCGUGGUCCUGCUUAUGCGGCUGCUGUUGAAGCACGGAUGCGGGCAUUUGAAGGAAGAAGACAUCAACCACCUGCGGGUAUCUUCAAUCAACAUCUAGCAGGCACAACCAUUUGGGACCAAGGCUUCCCCCCUGAUCACCUUGAUCACGGUGAUGACAUGCCUAUAGGAGCGCUACCUGCAACAGCCCGCCCAUCUUCUGCAAGAUCAACGCGACUUGCACGACUGUUCCAGCCCCCUUGGGAAAUGAUGUACAAGGGUGAAUGGGAAGACGCCAGAAGUGAGGGAAAAGAACAAAAGAAAUGGAUUCUAGUGGAUAUUCAAGAUCCGUCGAUCUUCGACUGUCAAGCACUGAAUCGAGAUUUGUGGAAGAACGAAGGUGUCGUGGACACAGUCAAGGAGAAUUUCAUCUUCUUCCAGUACAACAAGCACGACCCAAGAGCAGCGCAGUACAUUCAAUACUACUUCCCGACAUACGAGAACCCAGACGAAUACCCCCAUGUUGCUAUCGUUGAUCCGAGGACGGGCGAGCAGAUCAAGCUGUGGGCACGAAAGAUCCCGUCAGCACCAGAGUUUUUGAUGCAGCUACAUGAAUUCUUGGAUCGGUACAGCCUGGACAAUAACGCACGCAACCCCGUUGCAAAACGAAAGUCGGAGGCAAGACAAGAGAAAUCCAUCGAUCAGCUGACCGAGGAAGAAAUGCUUGAACGAGCGUUACAGGCCAGUCUCGCCUCUCAGACUGAAGGACUGAAAUCACCGCCACGGCCAGCAGAAGAUCCGGAUGAACUCACGCGGAGUGUGGGUGAUUUGAGGUCAGCACGAGAAUCCUCAAAUGCAGAGGCGAUGGACGUCGAUAUGAAUGACGAAGCAACGCCCGAGGCAAGCGCCUUUUCUCAGAUUCCUUCAGAUCAGCCUCACGUCGAACCUGCGCCUGGUCCAGGAGUUACGCGAGUGCAAAUCCGGCAUCCAGGUGGCAGAGUUGUCCGUCGAUUCGCCGAAAAUGAGCCUGUGCAGCGAAUCUACGAAUACUUGAAAGCGGAGCCACUGGAAGGCAAGGCGGGAGUGGAUUUUGAGUUGGUUUCCAUGGGCAAGAAUCUCAUUGACUCGCGAGAGCAGACGAUUGAAGAUGCUGGCUUGAAAAAUGGAACGGUCAUGGUCGAGUUCAACGAGGCUUGA